AGUGCAGGGGCUUGGGGAUGGCUGAGCGCAGAGCGCAGGACGACCUGCCGGUUUAUCUGGCCCGGCCCGGCUCGGCCGACCCGGUCCCCCGGCAGAAAUACGGCGGCGUCUUCUGCAGCGUCCAGGACGCGUUUGACAGCAAGACCCUGGACUUUGAGGCCCUGAGCGUCGGCCAGAGGAGCUCUAGGGGCUCCCGCACCUCGAGCCCCAGCGUCGGCCAGCGGGGCUCCCGCACCCCGAGCCUGCAGGGCUCCCGCACCCCGGGGACCGGCCGGCGGGAGCGCGCCCAGGACGCGCGGAGCCCGGGGAGUCGCAGCCGGAGCUCGGGUGGUGUGGACAGGCAGGGAGGGAGAGAGUCGCCACUAGUUGAAAUCAGAGCCAUCGGAGGUGAAAACAUGUUGCAGACGCUGGGAGAUGAAAAGAGCGACAGGCUUCUGAUCAAAGGCGGGAGGAUUGUGAACGAUGACCAGUCCUUCCAUGCUGACAUCUACAUGGAGGAUGGCGUCAUUAAGCAGAUUGGCGACAACCUGAUCGUGCCCGGCGGCGUGAAGACCAUCGAGGCCAACGGGAAGAUGGUGAUCCCCGGCGGCAUCGACAUCCACACCCACUUCCAGAUGCCGUUCCGAGGAACCACCACCGUGGACGACUUCGCCCAGGGGUCCAAGGCCGCGCUGGCCGGGGGCACGACCAUGAUCGUGGACCACGUGAUCCCAGAGCCGGGCACCAGCCUCAUGGAGUCCUACGACCAGUGGAGGCAGUGGGCCGACGAGAAGUCCUGCUGCGACUACUCCCUGCAUGUGGAUAUCACCCACUGGAACGACAGCGUGAAGCAGGAGGUGGAUAAUCUCAUCAAGGAGAAAGGCGUGAACUCAUUCCAGGUCUACAUGGCCUACAAGGAUUACUACCAGAUGAGCAACAGUGAGCUCUAUGAGGUGUUCACCUUCUUGGCAGAGAGGGGAGGCGUCGCUCAGGUCCAUGCUGAAAAUGGAGAGAUCAUCGCUGAGGAGCAGGCCCGGAUGCUGCAGAUGGGUAUCACCGGACCGGAGGGACACGUGCUCAGCAGGCCAGAGGAGCUGGAGGCCGAGGCCGUGUUCCGCGCCGUCACCAUCGCCAGCCAGACCAACUGUCCUCUCUACGUGACCCGGGUCAUGAGCAAGAGUGCUGCUGAUAUCAUCUCCCAGGCCCGGAAAAAAGGAAAUGUGGUGUUUGGGGAGCCAAUCACAGCCAGUUUGGGAACCGAUGGGACGCAUUACUGGAGCAAGAACUGGGCCAAAGCAGCUUCUUUCGUUACAUCCCCUCCUCUCAGCCCUGAUCCCACCACCCCAGACUAUCUGAGCACGCUGCUGGCCAGUGGUGACCUGAGCGUGACCGGCAGCGCUCACUGCACCUUCAGCGUGGCCCAGAAAGCCAUCGGCAAGGACGACUUCACCCAGAUCCCCGAGGGCGUGAACGGCGUGGAGGAACGGAUGACGCUCAUCUGGGACAAAGCUGUGACCACGGGUAAGAUGGACGAGAACAUGUUCGUGUCCGUCACCAGCACCAACGCUGCCAAGAUCCUGAACCUGUACCCGCGGAAGGGCCGGAUCGCCGUGGGCUCCGACGCCGACCUGGUCAUCUGGGACACGGACUCUGUUCGCACCAUCACCGCCAAGACGCACAACUCGGCGGCCGAGUACAACAUCUUCGAGGGCAUGGAGCUGCACGGCGCCCCGCUGGUGGUGAUCUGUCAGGGGAAGAUCGUCCUGGAGGACGGGAACCUGCACGUCAACGCCGGCGUGGGACGCUUCAUCCCCUGCACCCCCUUCCCUGACUUUGCCUACAAGCGGGUUAAAGCCAGGAAGCAGCUGGCCGUGCUGAGGGCAGUCCCGCGGGGCAUGUACGACGGCCCGGUGUCUGAGUUCUCCAUGUCGCGUGGCGGAACCCCGUCCGCCUCUGCACGCACCUCUCCCACCAAACAGCCCGUCAGAAACCUGCACCAGUCUGGAUUUAGUCUAGCAGGUAACUCUACACAUAGGGUCCCCCCACCCCUGAUGAAGUCCCCAUUCGGCCUGCAGGCCGGCGUAUUGUAGUGCCCCCCGGUGGCCGCUCCAACAUCACGUCUCUCAGUUAAACGGCAGCAGGAACGACAAGAUGCUCCCGGAUAGAAACAGCCAGGGUGCAAAACGGAGGGUGGAAAGGGUGGAGGGGAGGGAGGGAGGGAUAGAAGAAGGGAGGAGAGAGAAAUGCAGAGGACCACGAUUAGUUUAAAAGUUUAAAAAAGCAAAACACUGAAUCCUCAUGCCUUACCUGUCACAAUGCUACUAUGCUCAGAUGAGAAUCGGAUCCCUUUUCCUGGAGAGUAUCGAAGCGGGUUAAGGAUUGUCACUUAAGAUCUUAUAUCAUUCUUAGCCUCACUUCUUCUCACUGCAGAAUAUACUACACUCACAGGGGAAACAUGUUUUCUUUUGGAAAAUACAUCAGUACCGUAGAACGUUGCACCAUCACAUCAAACCACGCAGACACAAGCUGUAUUCUCAAAGGAAAACGGAUGCAGAUUUUUCUCAGAAUGAUGCCGUUUGUUCUUUCAUCCUGUUUGGCUUUUCAAUGUCAGCCCCUCUUCAGUAGCCUGCUUUCUCAAUAGUCAGUACAAACCUAACACUAGAUCCCACAUUAGCCAUGUAUUAUCAUGCAGUACCAUUGAUUAGCUCUAGGUGGCAUUGUAUAUAAUGAUAGAUGUAACGUUGCUUUGUGAAUGAUGAUGUUGUUGCAGCCUGUUUGGAUUUACUGGACCAAGCAAACAUGUAUUGAUCAGACGUGAGAGCGGGAGUGCUGCUGGACAUGGACCUGCAUGGGCCACAUUAACACUAGGUGACGUGAUCCGUGAUCCUUAUUCAGCUCUCCCUCCCACGUGUGAUGAAUACCAUUCCCAUGAUAUACACUAGUUAUUAUUGAUGUUAACAAAAAAAGAUAAGAUGCAUCUGCUGGAGGAAAGACUUACAAAGAAAGGAUAGAAAGAAAGAAAGAAAAUUAGAAAUGAUUUAAAUUUUUUCUUUUUCCCCAAAAGUUUAAAGUCAGCUUUUAUUUUCUACCUUCUUUUUUCAACUCAUUGCUGUGUAAAAGGAACAUUGCAAUAAACCAUUCGUUGCAUUUGCUUCUUGUAUAACGGCUGCGUCUGUAAUCCUGAAAUCAUCUUGACGAACAAAGUGAUUAGAAGAAAACGAUGAGAACUUGAUCACAAGAAAUAAGGAAUAACCGUCUCUUGUAGCUUAACUUGUAAUAGAAAGCUUUACAGCUGAGCGCGUCUGCAAAACAUAGAUGCGCUAAUUAAAGUACAGAGACUUGCUUUCAAAUAAAAGCGCUUCAGCUCCUGCUUUAGUCUUUCAUUCUUGACCAACUGGGCUCACAUUUGAGGAAGUGGAAGAUCAUCAUUCCCUUGCAAUCCAAUCCCAAGCAUUCGGCAUGAGCCUGGAAAUAAAUGAGCCCAAAUCACUGGUUCUGAUUGUGUUUAGGGGGGCAUUAAAGUGUUUUUAUUUCUCUUUAAUUCGUCUCUGCCCGUCCCUGAUGAUAAGGCAGAGGAUUGUAGUGCAGUAAGGGAGGCUUUUGUCUGGUUGUUGCCCGGUAGAUGGGGGGGAGGGUUGGAAGGAGAGGCUGUUUUAAUUAGGCACAAGCGGUGGUUUGUUGUAUUUAUGUUAGUUUGACAACCUUUGUUACUGUUUUUAAAGUUUGUUUGAUUUUUUUUUUACUGUUGUAUCAAAAACCCAGAGAUGGCAGGUCAAAAUUAAAGGCGUGGAAGUAUGAUUUGUUUCCUGAAUAAACAUGAGUUGCAACUGA